CAUUCUUACUCAUUCUCUUUUAUCUGUUCCAGAAUGGAUUGGUUUCACUGCAACCAGUGUUUUCAAAAAGAUGGGACCCAUUUCUUUGUCACCAGCUGUGGCCAUAUUUUCUGUAAAAAAUGUGUGACUAUGGAAAAAUGUACCAUUUGUGGAACUCCUUGCAAGCAUCUGGCUCUAUCUGACAAUUUGAAACCUCAGGAAAAGAUGUUCUUCAAAAGCCCUGUGGAGACAGCUUUGCAGUAUUUCAGUCAUAUCUCUCAGGUGUGGAGUUUCCAGAAGAAACAAACAAAUCUCCUCAUUGCCUUUUAUAAGCACAGAAUUAUAAAGUUAGAAGCAGCCAUUGAGGAGGCACAGCAGACAGUGGCCAACCGGGACAAAGAGCUGUCAAUCUUAAGAAAAGAGAAUGGAGAACUGAAGAAACUUAUAGCCUUCCUAAAGGAAUCUCCAAGUCGGUACCAAGGAAGCAGGCUGACCACACCUCGACCAGUGGGCAUUACUUCUCCAUCACAGUCAGUUACACCACGACCCAGUUCCCAGCAUAGCAGCCAGGUGGUCAGUCGGUCCUCCUCUGUGGAAUCUAUGCCUUAUAGAGUGCCUGGCUUUGGUACUGUGGGACAAGUAAGUAAUUUCCUACAGGGAAGGAGCACUCCCAGAGACUCUAACUUUGAAACUCCCUCACCAGCUUCAACUCACAGCCUGCCUUAUAGAACUUCAUCUGCCUCCUCCGGGCAGGGGACUUUUUUUUUCAGACCAUUUAAUGGAGAGUCAGGCCACACAAGAGUCCUUAACCCCAGCAAUCCUGGUCAAAGGGAGAACAGAACGCCUCUAGAGAGUUUUUCUGGCUUUCAACUACCAGUCAUGCAGACUCUUUACCAACAGAGGCAGAUGGGAUCAACCAGAGAGAGAGAAGGCCACUCCACCUCUAGAUAG